GGAGAAUCGGGCCGCGGGGGUUGUUAAGGCGGGCAGCGAGGCCUGGGAGGCAUGUUUGGAGGUAGGGGUGUGCGGGUGUCCCGCGCAGCUCUCUGUUCUCACCUGCCUGCGUCAAAUCGGUUGCCGGGCGUUAACAGCAUCUUGGAUUAUCAGACGCGGCUUUUAAAGAGCCUCUUGAAACCAUCGUGGCAUUGAGAAGUGCUGCCUGGAAAUUAAACUGUUAGCUAAUAAGAAGUUAAUUAGCGGUUGAGAAGUUAGUUAAUAAAUUCAUAAGGCAAUUGCUGUUGUCUUUUCUGAUGUACCCGUUCCAGUUUGUGAUGCAGCUGAGCUGCCCACAGGGUAGUUGUGUCGCGUAAAAAAAACUGACUAAGAACAGGUUUGAAAAGCAUUUACAGAUAGUCUGCUCUUUAUAGCUCCCUGAAAGUUUUAUGUAUCUUUAUUUCUGCACAAAUGUCCUGAGACCAAAAUCUCCAUUAAGGAGGAGAUAGCUUUUUAAAACUUAUUGAACAAAACAAAGCUAUACUGAAGUUGUGGACUUCCUUGAAGGUCUGAGUCACACAGUUGUUUAGCGUCUUGGGGCAUUAAAAACAAAAGAGUUUGUUUUGGAGAGCUCAGGCAGAACUCUACUGCGAGUUAGUCGAGUUAGUCCUUAGUUAAGUACAUCUCUUCUUAAUUAAACCAUUAGUCCUGUUAGUGCUGCUUGACAUCUGACAGGAGAUGAUGGGCCACGCCGAACUGAAAUCGGUAGGAGCAACCCCAUUGACAUCAGCGGAUUUGGGCUUUUUUGAAUGAAGUCCACACGUGGCCCUGUGGAACGAAGUCCAGGAUUGUGGAGGACGAACCGAUUUGUGCUUUUUGCUUUUGUUGCUGUGGUGGGGGAAGCGUGAUCCCUGCGCUGCGGUUGCUUUUCGUCACUAGAACAGUCCAUGGGAGGGUACUGUCGGCUUUCUGUAAAUCAAAGUAGUCGUGAAGUUGUCGCUGUGGGUCUGACAGCACUUACCAGCCUGGGGAAUCAGGGGAAGGUGCAGAAGUAAAACAAAGGCCCUUCCUUCCCUCUCUAGCUCUUUCAGUUCCUGCGGGCAGUAGAACAAAUAACUGGGCAAGCAAUUUGGAACACGUUGGUUUUUACUGUAUAUUGCUGUCAUUGUCGGGCAAAUGGAGGAAAGUAAAUAGAUGAGGAGAGCUGUCGAGAUGAGUGCUUAGAAUGUCAUAGUAAUGUGUUAGUAAAAUGCCUGAAGAUGUACGGAAACUCUUGUCACUAAUGAGUAAAAAGUCAUUGUGUCAGGAAAUUGAAAUGUGUGCUUAAGGAGACCCUGUUGCAAAAGAUUACUAUUUUCCGAACUGACUUUUUUCUGUAGAAGUUGGUGGACAGAGGGGAUUGUGGUACUGGCAGAGAUAUUAAGGAGUGCUUCCUUAUUCAUUAAACCUUUUCUACAUGAAUAGUCUUAGAGUAAGAGUGACUUACAUGAAUGCAGCAAGCAGGUUUAGACCUCUUGGUAGAUGCUUGGGCAUCAAUAUCAAUUUUUACAAUCUGAUAAGAAUUCAAAGCAUAGUUUGUGAGGUUGAUGAUGUACAAUGCUAUGAUGUACACUGAAGAAGACAGACCUGUCCUAGAGCAAUAGGCAUAACGAGAGGCUAUGUCCUCCAUACCUGAGGGCUAGGUUUGUCAGAAAAACAGAGGGAUUGUAUUUCAGAGGAGUUGCUUCUUAUUCCCUUUUCUUAAUGAAAAUAUUUGUCUCUUAUUUGUAUAUCACGGAAAGGAGUACACAGGGAACAUAAAGUACUGCUCCCAUGUCUUACACAGCAUUAAUGCAUAGGUGGUGGAAAAAUAAGACACAAAAUGAAACCUCUCCAAAGUGUCUGGCUUUUCAGGAGCCUGCUUACUAAGCGCUGCUGUCAUGGUCAGCUCCACAGCUGUCCUCUUCCUUCUGUCGCUAAGAGGAUGGGUUAUGUGAUGGGACUGCACAACUGGAGGUCAAAAUCUUUGUUAGACACAGCUAGAUUCACUCUGACGUUUAGCAGUCGGCUUAGGAAAAAACAUCAGGAUUCUCAUGCACUGUGGAAGCAUGAGUCUAUGCAGAAGUACCUAGAAACUCUAAGCAAGGAAUACCAGCGGCUUAGUCAUCUGUUAAAUGCUGGCUCAGUAAAUGACUUUGAGGAAAAAUCCCUGAAGAGAAGACAUGCUGAUCUGUCUCCAAUUGCAACUGUAUUUCAAGAAAUCAGAGAGGCAGAAAGAGAGGUUCAAGAGUUAGAAGCCAUGUGCAAAGAGCUAGACAACAGAGAUGAGAAACAACUUCUAGAGCUUGCCUUAGAAGAGAAGGAAAUCCUUGAUAACAAAAUCAACACAUUGUGCAGAAAGCUUUUCCAGAUUCUAGUGCCAAAAGAAAAGUAUGAUGGAAGUCAUGUCAUAUUAGAAGUGACAGCUGGCAGAACAACUGGAGGUGACAUCUGCCAACAGUUCACUAAAGAAAUGUUUGAGAUGUACCAGAACUAUGCGGACUAUAAAUGUUGGACCUUUGACAUUCUGAACUAUACACCGGCUGAGAUAGGUGGCUUGCAUCAUGCAGCUGCUCAGAUUUCAGGACGUGAUGUCUACAGGCAUCUGAAAUAUGAAGGAGGGACUCAUCGAGUCCAACGAAUCCCUGAGACGGGCCUAUCGUCAAGAAUGCAGCGUAUUCACACUGGGACAAUGUCAGUUAUUGUCCUCCCUCAGCCAGAGGAGGUUGAUAUUAAAGUGGAUCCCAAAGAUUUGCGUACAGAUACAUUCAGGGCCAAAGGAGCAGGAGGACAACAUGUUAACAAAACUGAUAGUGCUGUGAGAAUUGUACACCUUCCCACAGGACUAACAGUUGAGUGCCAGCAGGAGCGAUCACAGCAAAUGAACAGGGAGAUAGCCCUGCGAACACUGAGAGCUAAGCUGUACCAGCAGAUGAUUGAAAAACAACUAAGCCAAGAACAGAGUGCCAGAAAACUGCAGUUGGGAACAAGAGCCCAGGCAGAGAGAAUUCGUACUUAUAAUUUCACCCAAGACAGAGUCACUGACCACAGGAUCUCGUAUGAUGCACGCAAUAUCAAGGAAAUUCUAAGUGGGAAAGAAGCACUAGAUAAGCUAAUCAACAGACUGCUGGAGUUUGCGGAGAUAGAAGCUCUCACUGAAUAUCUAGAAAACUUGCAGUCUUUGGAAAGAGGAGGGUCCUGAAGACGUUUUGCACAGUUAAAGCAGAAAUUUUGCCUUCUGUAGCAAAAUAAAAUGGAUGCAUUUGUUAGAUAAUAGAUUGAUUAAAAUCUGUGUGUCUAUCUUUAAA